AUGUUUCUUUCAUUUUAUUUUGAUUACUAUUCUUUUUUCUCUCUUCUUUCUUUUGUCUUCUUUUCCGCUUUAUUCCUUCUUUGCUUCUUUCUUUCUUUUUUCUUUACUUUUCCUCAGCUUUUUUCCGCAUUUCUUACCAUUUCUUUAUCACCUUUCCUUCUUUUGGUUUACUAUGAUGUCUUUUUCUUUCCUUUUUUUCUUUCGUUUUCUUUUUGCUUACUCUUUUUUCUUUUUCUUUCUCCUUUGAUUCUUUUCAGUUUCUUUCUUUCUUUCUUUCUUUUUUUUAUUUCUUUUUCUUUCCUUUUUCUUUCUUUUGUUUUCUGUUCAGUUACCUUUAUCUUUCUGUCUUUCUUUCUUUUUUCUUUCUUUCUUUCUUUCUUUCUUUCUUUCUUUCUUGCAGCUCGUACCUUUUUCGUUUCUUUUCAUCUUAAUGUCCUUUCUUUUGUUUUCUAUUUUCUUCCUUGCAGUACUUGUGUUUUUUUAAUUUUUAUUCCUUCCCAAAUUCUACCAGAUUAUUCUUUCUUUCUUUCUUUCUUUCUUUCUUUCUUUCUUUCUUUCUUUUACUUCAUGUUCAUAUGUAUUUAUCUUGGUCUGUUCAUAUCGAUCUAUCUAUCUAUGAUCGUCUCUUCUUUCCUUAAUUCAUUCCUAUAUCUAUCUAUCUAUCUAUCUAUCUAUCUAUCUAUCUGGGGCCUGCUCACUUUGCUGUUUAUCAUAUCUCGUUUGAAAUCGAUGUUGGUGAUCUACCGAUGUUUUAACGUCAUUACUGCUCUCCGCAUCAUUUAUGGGAGAGCAAUUUGUACAAGUAAUCACCCACACACUUCUUUUUUUUACGACAAGAUGUUUUUUUUUUUUGCCAAUAUAUCCGUCUAUUUCAGACAUCAAGACUCAUGUCUUUGCCAAGCAUAUUCGUCCUAA